UCUGGAUGGAGCAUAUCGAAGCCAGUAUAAACUUGCAGCCUUGGGCGGUGAAGUUGUGGAAGCGCUAUGUGGAUGAUGUUUUCUGUAUUAUGAAGGGUGGGAAGCAGGAGGUGGAGCAACUACUCCGAUAUCUAAAUUCAAUUCAUCCGAAGACGAAGUUCACGUAUGAAUUGGAAUCACAGCGCAGUUUGCCGUUUUUGGACGUGAAAGUGAUUGGUCGAGUGGAUGGAACCCUAACUCAUACUGUUUAUAGGAAACCUACACACACUGACAGGUAUUUGAACGCCCUUUCUCACCACCAUCCUCGUCACUUACAAUCGGUGGUUACCUCGCUAGUAAACAGAGCACAUGAUCUGUGUGACCCUGAAUAUUUAGAGAGUGAGAUGUCGCAUAUUCAGGAGGUACUAAGGAGGAACGGGUACAAGGUAAAAAAGUGGCAACCCAGACGAAAGGCAACGCGGAAACGUCCUGAUGUCUCCAGACAGCCGGCAUUUUUGCCGUAUGUAAAAGGGGUAACGGAUAAAGUUGGCACAGUACUUGGGAAGUACUCUAUAAAGACGGUGUACACACCUUUAUCCAAAGUAGCAGGGAGCCUAAGGUCACCGAAGGACGUUAUUCCGUUCCAGUCACCUGGCGUUUAUAAAAUAGAUUGCAGUUGUGGUAGUUCCUAUAUCGGAGAAACUAAGCGCACCAUAGCAGAAAGAGUUAAGGAACAUAUCGCAGCUGUCAAAAAUCGUCAGGUCAACAAGUCUGCGGUGGCUGAGCAUUUGCUGGAGUCAGGACCAAACCACUGGAUUGAGCUGCAUAACCCUAAAAUCCUCUCCACGGAUCGCCAUUUCUACAGUAGAAAAGUGCGGGAAGCCAUUGAAAUCAAAAAACAUUGCAAUUUUAAUCGGGACGAGGGUUUUAAGAUCUCAUCCACAUGGAAUCCAGUCAUUAGUAAAUGUAAGCGGAAACGAAUAUCGACAGUCGAUAAAUCGAAUAUCGUUAGUGUUGUGUGUCGACAGAGUGACAUCCCUAGUGCGCAAAACGUUCAAACUGAUAAACAAGACCAAGUGCGGGUAGUUCGAAAAACUCGCGCGGCUAGAAGAUGUUGAUGUCAACUUGAGCCAGUCUGCUCCGAGACCACGGGGACAACGCCGUCCUCGAAACGUCGGAGGUAAAUCUUAAAACUUAA